CUUUACUCCAACAAAAUUCUUGUGUUUCUAUAAAUACCCUUUCCUCUCGAUUCUUUGUUUCAACUCAUAUCAAUUAAUAUCCUUUCCAACAAACUCUCCCCUUCUUUCAACUAACCCAAAAACAAAUUUAAGUUAAGUUGAAAGGCACAAAACACGCCUCUAAAUACAUGUUGUACUUAUAAACACUAAUUGUGAAUACGAGCGAUAAUCAAUAUAAUUAAAGUUACCUGAUAUAAAUAAAAUGGUGUGUUUUUGCUUCCUAGUUGAUCAACAACGUCAAGUAAGGAAGAGCAAACCGGCUGCCGGUACGUGUUCGCGGUGUGGUGGUGGUGCUAGUGUUGCUGAUAUGAAGACCGCUACUCGUUUCUGUCAUAUACCAUUUUAUUGGAAGUCUUGGCGAGCUAUUAUGUGUACCUUUUGUGGAUCAAUUCUCAAGUCUUACCACUGAAAUUAGUUUUUUAUAUACAAUUUUUUAUGGGGUUCUUUUUCUCUUUUGUGUAAGAAGGAUACUAUUAUAUUAUUAUAUACAAGUAUACAUGAUAAUACAUUCUUUUGAUGGCAUAUAUAUGUUCUCCCAUAUCUUUUUAUUGAUUAUAAUUAAAAAAAAAAAUAAGGGAGAAAUGUCAUAGCAAAUUCAAUUAAGAUUUGCUUUUCUUGGUAAUGAAUUUCUUUUUUUUAUUAAUGUUUUAUUUUUUGUGUUUUAUUUAAGAUUUUUAUAGUUUAAUUGUGGCAUUUUGGCAAAAUCUUGAGUAGUUAUGGGAUGAGAAAAUACAUGUUAAUAUCUCAUAUAAACAACUUUUGUUAAUACAUGUUAUGGGAUUGUGUA